UACGACCUGUUGAGAUCAAGAGAGAUUUGAGACUAAAGGGCACAUUGCGGUGUAAACAUAGGGCCGAGCGAAAUCUUCGCUAAAAUUUUUGUGAUAAUUAUUAACAAAACGUCAUUGUUUGUUUGAAACACUGCGGUUACUGCAAGUUCAACGUUAAACAGCUAAGAUGCGAAUAUUAACAGCAGUAUUGCUAAUAUCAAUAGUCUCAUUAUCAGCAGCUGAUGAUGGGGAAUCGAUAAAAGCUGCUGGUAAUACCAUCCAAAAACUAUUAAACGAAAGAAUCGGAAAAAAAAUCGUUGAGGCAGCAAAGGAAGUGAAAGGAAUUUUGUCAAAAUCUCUAGGUACUCAUGUCAAGAGUGCAACGGCAAAACUCAUUCUCGACAGUGCUGUCGACAAGCUUGAAAACCAAGUUUCAGGGACCCAAAAUGAUGGAGUUGCAACGGUAGGCACUGAUCAGACGUCGGACGAUUGCGUCAAGGACUGCAAACUCAAAAAGCUGGCUAAACAAGGUUCAGCAUCAAAGCCUCAUAUCCAUCACGUGAAGUCAAUGCAUAAAGGUGCACCAAGCCACAAUACACCCCAUAACAAGGGUCCUAGAAAUAGGAAAAAUAUGCCGGGACAAGAUUUGCCACAGACACCACCACAGGGUAUCAACCAACAACCUCAAGCACCACAGAACCCCUCGAUGCCCCCAACAAUGCCCCAGCAACCACCAAGCCAGCCUGCCUGCCAACCGCCAUGUCCAGUUGCAUGUGCCCCAGCAUGCACACAAGACUGCUGUCGACCAAUGCUCAGUCUGAUGCAACUCCCAGCACCGCCGCCACCGCCACCUCCAUACUACGCACCAAUGGCGAUGUGCGCUCCUCCAUGCACCCAGCCUAGUUGUGCACCUGCAUGCCCCGCAGCAUGUUGCUCAGCACCACCACCACCACCACCUCCUCCACCACCGCCACCAGCUUGCCCUCCAAUCUGCGUACAACAUUGCUACACAAUAUGCCCAAGAGGCUGCUGUCGCUCGGAAAUUGGCCACAAGAAGCACCGCAUAAGCCACAAGAAGAGGCAUCACCAGAAAGAUAGGGAAGAAUCAGAAAGUGAGGGAAGCGAUGAAAUGGAAAGCAGCUCGAUAAUAUCAGAAAGGAAGUCUGGAAACACUGAAAACAAUCCUAUGCAGAGGAACAAAAUACCAAAGAAGAGGGUUACCACCUACAAUGGGGCCCAUUAGAAGAUGAACUUUUCAUGUGAGCUCAAGGUAUUUCUAUAACAGCAGUCCUUGAGACGUUACCACUGACCUAAAUAAGUAAGCAAUUUGGUAAUUGCUUUGAGAACCUUUUUAAACACAACACAAAUUGUUUUUAUAACCAUCUUUUAUCAGCUGGAAGCCCACUUAACAAUGUAUUCUUCAUAGAAUAUUCUGGAAGCAUUAUAGAUAGCUCUAUUCUGUAUGCAAAAGAUGCAGUUUUGUCCUAUGAAGGCGAAUCUAGCACGUUUAUAACAUGAUGUGAAUCAUGUAAUAUUUCACUAGUUUUUAUAUCUCAAAUAUGUUAUUAUGUAAAAAGAUGAAAAUUUGUACUAAACAAAAUAAAGAAUGUAGCCAAGGUCUAAAGCUACUGUAUUUCGUGAUAAUAUCAAGGAAAUUA